CAAGCCAUCGUCGACACGGGCCGCAACGGCGUGACGGGGCUACGGCUGGAGUGGAACGACUGGUGCAAUGUCAACGGCGCGGGCUUUGGGCCGGGUGGGGAGUCGGAUGGCACGAGUGAUAGCUCGGCCACGCGGUAUGAUUCUUCCUGUGGGAAGGCGGAUUCGUUUAAGCCGUCCCCUGAGGCGGGGGCGUGGAACCAGGCGUACUUUGAGAUGUUGCUUAGGAAUGCUGUGCCCUCGUUCUGA